GGGUACUUUCAGUAUAUAUAUUUUUAUAGAUCUUAGUUGUAAACGGAAGCGUGUGUUAACCAGACGAGGAUUGUAGCUCGUUCGGAAAGUGAAUUUGUAGCAAAGGAUUAUUGGGUAUAUUUUUUUGUAUAAAAGAGAAUCCUGUUAAAAACGUUCUAGAAACCAAUAAAACAAAAUGGAGACCCAACAAUCCACAACUGCAACCGUUCCAGAAACAGAGACCAAAGCAUUUAAACGUGAAGCUAGUUGGCCUUCGGUGUUAUUUUUCAUACAUUUACACAUUUUGGGUCUCUACGGCAUAUUUGUUACGCUAACCAGUGCCUCAUGGCUGACAAUUGUAUUCACUUUGACAUUAACAGUAUUGGGUAUUUUGGGUGCAACAGCUGGUGCCCACAGACUGUGGGCUCAUGGCACCUAUAAGGCAACAAAUGGAUUGAAAAUUUUCCUUAUGUUGUGUCAAACCAUUGCCGGUCAGGGCUCCAUCUACAAUUGGGUGCGUGCGCAUCGUUUACACCAUCAAUAUUUCCGUAAACCUGAGGACCCAUUCUAUAGCAACAAAAACUUUAUGUCAGCCCAUGUCUAUACCCAAUUGCUGAGUUACAGCAGUGAACAAGAGGAGCUGUUAUCUAAAGUCGAUAUGAAGGAUUUGGAGGAGGACAAGAUUGUUAUGUUCCAAAAGAGAUUUUAUUGGGUUCUCUUCAUCGUACUGCACGUUCUUCUGCCCGUCAACUCGCCACUGGAAUAUUGGGGUGAUUCGCUGACUGCCUCAAUUGUUGUGGCCUUUUCGUUGCGCUACAUGAUCGUCCUGAAUGUCUGUUGGUUAAUUAACUCGGCUCAUUUCGUAUGGGGAUUGGAUAAAAGUUUCAAGCCAUCCGAUUCGAACAGUGUCUUCUUCAUUACCAAAAGCUAUUGGCCCCAAUAUCAUUACAUGUUGCCGAACGAUUAUCAAAGUGGUGAAUUUGGUGAUUAUGCCAGUGGUUUCACCACGGCCAUGAUCCGUGUAUUUGCCGCACUGGAUGCGGCCAGUGAUUUGAAGACAAUCAGUUCGACGGCGGUGCGUAAUGGUCUGACCGAAGCGGUGGAAAGUGGACGUCCCAUUGUCGAUUGCAUUAACGAACACGCAGAAAAGGAACAGGCCGAAUUGCCGAAAAAUCAUUUUUUGAAUCGCAAUAAUUUCAUGUGAAGAAGUAGGGGAAUAUUUUAUAGUUCAAAAAUCUUUUAUGAACUGAUUGAAAUGAAAAUAAUAAUUAAAAAUUUAUACAUUUUUAUAACUUCUUCAUCAAAUUUGUAUAGAAUGCUAUUCGAGCAAAACUGAAUGUUUAGGAUUAUUUUUAUCAAUUCAAUAAUAAAUUCUUGUAGAAAAUCAAAG